UUUGCUACAGUUGGCACUGCAAUCUGUCGUGUGUUACAGGUUGCAGUGUGUUUGUUAAAAUUCUCAUCCUUUGUCGAAUAUAAUUAAUCAAAAAAAAUGUCAGCGUGGAGACAGGCAGGAUUGAAUUACAUCAACUACUCUCAAAUUGCAGCUAGGUUAGUCAGGCAAGCCUUGAAAGCCGACUUGAGGGUAGAGGCUGUUAAACGCGACGAAGUUAAUGUGAAGUUUACUCAAUGGAAAGAUGGGAAACCCAUCACUGAAAAGAUGUGAUCGUAAUGAUCAAAAAUGCUUAGACAAUAUCACAGAUGGAUGCAGAAUUCAUCCAGUAUAUAUUUAUAGCCAUAAGUAUAUGUGAAGAUCUCCAUCUCUAUACAAAAUAAAAAUAUUCUUCGCACUGUCA